AUGGACGACCUGGUUGAUGAAGCUAAAGACCGCGAAACAGCGCAGGCGAAGAUCAAGGAAGCAUCUCGAGUGUUAAACUGGAUAUUUUCAACCAAGCCACCAUCAAAGCCUCUUUAUGACUAUUUGGAUGUUGAAAGAAGCCCCGAACAGACUAGUGCUCUGUCCCCUUUGCUUUCCUCUAUAGCACUAUUGCCUAUCUCUCGUCUCACCUUGAAACCACUACUCGAACUUCUGUCCGGAUUUGAAAUGGAUCUUGAGUUUUCUGCUGAAAGCAAGAAAUUUCCAAUCGCAACCGAAUCGGACUUGGAAAUUUAUUCCCACCGUGUCGCUGGCACGGUCGCAUCGUCUCUUCUUGAAUUGGUAUUCCAUCAUUACGACAUGGGCGAAAUAAUAUACGAUCAAGCCCAACGAGACAGAAUCAUCAACUCUGGGCAGCAUAUGGGACAGGCUUUACAGUAUGUGAAUAUUGCGCGCGACAUCAAACGCGAUGCAGCGAUCGGCCGAGUUUAUAUCCCGACUUCGUGGUUAGCACAGGAGGGAAUCACUCCAAGCGAUGUACUAUCGAGUCCGGAUCAUGACAGGCUUGCGAUAUUCGAAGAUCGCAUGUUGCGCAAAGCGACUGAGGCAUAUAAACAUAGCGUGCGAGCCAUUGAUGAACUACCUGAAGAGGCGCGACGACCUAUCAAGACAACAAUUGAGAGCUAUAUGAUGAUUGGGGAGAUGGUCCGUAAGAGGCGCCAAUCUGGAAUCAAAGAGGAAGGAAAAUUGAAAAUAGCUUUAUGGCGAAGACUGAGGCUAGCGUGGUGGGAGAUGAAUGGUAGCAAUUAG